UUGCUACUGCUUUGUUUGUUGGCUAUUGGAGUACACCACACAUUCGCUGAUGGUGAUGAAUCUCCAGAGGACAAGAGGGAAGAUUCACUGGCUGCUGUCUCUGAAAAGGGUGCAAGCAGCAAUAAUACUGGGGAUGAAUUGCUACAAAGCACAUUGCCACCUAAUGAAGACUUCUUGAAUGAAAAUGACACCAGUUGCUACAAUACAACUGCUGAUGACUUGGAGGCUGAAACACCGAAGCAAAACACAUCUGAGUCGGAACCCCCAUGUCCAACCAGUUCCUCUCACAACCCACCAAUGAAAGAUUCUGCUCAGGGGCCAGCACAAGUUCGAAGCUCCUCUUCCCUAAAUGCCCCUGACUCUGAUUGCCCAACUGAGAAGCCAGCAAGUACAAGCCAUCCACCCCAGAUGGCGAUACAGCACAGGCUGUCAAAGUCAUUGUCUCAAUUAUCUGAAUUACUUCAUCGAAUAAAGGUUGACUGUGGUCCAGAAGAAAAAGAGCAGCAGGAGAAGGGAGCUGAAGGGGAGAGUGCUGGUGAGGAGCCACAAAAAUGGCUUCAUGACCUACAGCAGCGUGGGUACCCACAAAAAUGGCUUCAUGACCUACAGCAGCGUGGGUACCCACAAAAAUGGCUUCAUGAACUUGAGCAGUAUCAUCUCCUAAAAAAGGCACUUAAGAAUCCCAAGGCUAAUGGUAACCAACCGGAGGUGCCCAUUUCUCCCCAACUUCAUGCUACUCAAGGUCAUCAGUCCCAGUGGCAUCUGAGUCACCCUUUCCCUCUGCAUCAUGAACCCCCUUCCCAAGGUAUCCCCUCCAGGGACCACCUGUUCUAUGGGUCACCCCUGGAAAAGCCUUGGCCCAAAGUGUCUCCAGAGCCUAAGCAUUAUUACUUCAAUCCUAGUUUUCCCAUGGUGCCACAACUUGCUCAAGGCUUUCGUCCCCAGUUGCCUGUGAAACCCCAACAAGAGCAUGGCUUUGGCUUUCAUCCCCAGCGAGAGUAUGGCUUCCAACCCAUGGAGCCCCAGUAUCGGAACAGUCUCACAGUGCCUGUGAAACCCCAUGAUCAUGGCUAUGGGCCUAUAAGCCCCAUGGAGCCAGAGUUGCCCCAUGAGCACAUCUACAGGCCCACACUCCCCUUAGAGCCUCAGAUGCCUAAACGGCAACCCCAAAGUUACCAGGGGCACAGAGCAGCGCGCCUUUUGGCCAGGUGGCCAAACUUUCUGCCCCAGAGGCCAAAUUAUGUAGUGCUAGCACCAGGCCACACAAAUAGGCCAAACUACAAAGCCAGGCAAGGGGUUCUACCUCAGAGGGUGUAUCAUGUGCCAGCGUAAACCCAUUCAGCCCAUCAGGUCAGUCUGUAACCUUUAAGUUUUGAUUUCACGGGCAAUCAGUUGAGAUGUUCAAAUUGUGCUUCAACUGCAACAAGACCAUCCAGGUGUACAUGCAAUUGUUUUUAAUUUAUUGUAUUUGACUUCAAGCUUGUUGGCUGUGCUGAUCUGUUGAAUAAAGUAUUCCAUC